AUGACGGUGAACCCUAUCGCGGGACUUUCUCCGGUUGGCUGUCCGAAUUAUGGCCUUUGCACGGUCGCCGAUAUCUGCGCCUCAAGCCCAUGUGGUUCAAAUGGUGUCUGCUCACCGUCAAUAAAUUAUUACGUCUGCUCAUGUAUCUCGCCGUACACGGGGGCGUACUGUAAUGAAACAGCGACAAGUUCUGACCCUUGCUCUUCCUCACCGUGCCAGAACGGCGGAACCUGCAAAAGCUCCAAGGGAAACGCGACCUGCUCAUGCUCGAAUAAAUACACUGGAGCGUACUGUCAAUAUUCAAACACGUGCAACUCUAACCCUUGCAAAAAUGGCGGCACCUGUCAGAUGCUGUUUAAUGGAGCCCAAUCGUAUUGCUCCUGCCCAAGCGGAUACCGGGGGGCGCUUUGCGAAGUCAGUAGCACCACUGCCGACGACACGUCCCUUGGUUGCUACACGUACACAAAGAGCAAAUUGAGCAAGUGCAGCAGCGAAACGAAUAAACAGCCGUCUGUGGAUUUAUGUCGGAGUGACUUCCAAACGGCCGCCGGCAAGGACAACGGCCUCAGCUAUUACUGCACCUACGGCGGCACGUGUUACUUUUGCGACGACAACCCGUACGAUGGGGUGUCCACGAGCUCGGGAAGUGGAUGUACGGCCAAGUGUUCGGCAAGUGUCAGUGGACUCGGCACCAGCACUUCAUAUUCUGGAUCCUCGGAAAUCUGCGGGAGCUCGAGCAGCGGCAACCAGCGCGUCAUCUGCUACGAGUAUUCGGACCUCGAAAACAAUCCCUGCGACCCGAACCCGUGCCAGAAUGGUGGCAGCUGCUCGAAUGGCACAGAUUUUACAUACGGUUGCUCGUGUCCGGCUGGGUAUACUGGGACUACAUGUCAAACCAAAAUCAAGUGCUCCUCCAGCCCGUGCCAAUACGGUAGCGUCUGCAUCGACUCGGCCGAUUUCUCGAGCUACUCCUGCGUCUGCUUGAGCCUUUAUACAGGCCAGAACUGUGAUAUUCCCAACAUGUGCAUCUCGAACCCGUGCGUCCACGGUACCUGCUCGGUCGUGUCGAACUCCUUCGAUUCCACCUAUCAAUGUACAUGUCAGGAGGGCUGGACUGGAACGACAUGCGAUGUUGCCAUCGACUUCUGCUCCUCAGAACCGUGUUUCUACCAGGGGACGUGCACUACGGGCCAAUGCAUCGACGGUUUCAACUCGUACACGUGUUCUUGUGGUCCAGAUUAUACAUCUGAUGAUUGUACGAUCCCCAUGAUUGUCUGGAACGCCACGAUCAUCAUUUUUGGCGAGGGUGCGACUGUUGGGAGCGAUUUGAUCAGUCUGCUCACCGACUUGCUGAGCAACCCGGCCAACAUUGCCGACAUGGUGCCGUUUAUUUUGGGAGGUGACUCGGUUGAGGAAAGGGAAUCGUUCAGCUACAGCUUCACGGACAUGUUCGCCUGGGCCGCUUAUGAAGAGCAUACCCUCACUUUGGAACGCGACAUGUACAUGUGGAAUGACGUGACGCUCGGGAAUUGUUUCACCUUCAACCAUCGAAACAACACCCAGGCUCAGUACUUGGGGAGGAUGACAGGGAGAACAGGAGGACUUUACGCAAUGCUCAAAAUCAACCAGGCCGAGUACUGUCCGUGGAUCGAAACGUCUGGAAUACAGGUAUUCGUUCACGCUGCUGAAGAAGACAUCUUCUCGGAAUCUGUACGCUACAAUGCCCAACCCGUCGGCGAGACGGAGCUUUUUCCAUCGUUGACAGCCUACACCCGUCUUGGCGGUCGCUACGGUACCUGCGUCCAUGACGCCACCGAGGUCAAACAGUACUACUACACGGGAGCUUAUGAUACUGAUGGCUGCAUCCGCUCGUGCUACCAGGAAGCCGUCCAAGAAAGUUGUGGCUGUAUGGAUCCGCGGUAUCCGAUGGCAGCGACGGCGACAGCAUGUAGCUUGACCCAACGAACCUGCGUGAACGACAUCGACGCGUUGGGCGACCCUUCGACUUGGCCAUCAUGUGUCUGCCCUCAAGCCUGUACCCAACGGGUCUAUGAUGUCGAUACUUUUACGAGGACUAUCUACUCGAUUAGUCCAGCCCAAGAGUGCAGCCUGACGAACAACGCUGCAAAUUGUACGGCUGGGAUACAGGAUACAGUACGGGUAGCCGUCACGAUGACCGAUUACACCUAUCAACUAUACGCGGAAGUGGCGGCGGAAAGUUUCAACAGCUUCAUCGGUUCACUUGGAGGACUCCUCGGCGUGUUGAUGGGUGUUUCAAUGAUCUCAUUCAUCGAAAUCGGUUUCCUUUUCGCGUCAAUUUUCGUGGCGUUGUCAGAAAAAAAUAAGGUG